UCCCUUUGCCUGUUACACCAGCUAUAUAUGAUAUAUGUACACUACCGUUUGACAGUCAUUAUCUACUUCGAAAUUUAUGCAAAAACAGAUUGUGCAAUCUAACCGUACGUGACACUGAGCAUUUUAUUUCCUCUCAACACGAUUGUUUCAUCGGUUGAUAAAGGAGAGAGGGGAUUAAACGAGAUAGAAAGAACUUAUUUCACAUUUGUACCAUCUAGGAGCUACAUUAAUCAACUCAUUCAUCAACACCACAAAUCAAGAAGCACUUAAACACUUCAUUAAGUAACCCUUGUUACCGUCCCAACAAUUCGUAGAACCAAUUUUUUGGAGCGAGAAUUACAUUAAGAAGCGAUGUUCAUUGAUAACGAAACAAAAUCUUAACCCGAUACCACUGUAUCGGUGACGUUACCAUUUUCUCUCGUUUAAACGAACAGAACGCAGUCAUUCAGUCUGCCCGGUGAUUAAUAUGAUGGACGUUUUACUCUAGACACCUGCAGUGAAAUGGUUGUGUAGUACAGAAUCGCUUACGCGGAAAGGGAUAUUAUAUUACCUAUGGCCCAAGUAAUCGAAUUGUCCAUUCGACGCUUAAAAAUGAAACACAAGGUGGAUCGAAAACGAUAGCGGUUACAGAAGAUACAUUUCAAAUAUCGAAUAUGACACAGGUGAUUUUUUAAGAAACAAUUUUAAUCAGUCAGGGGAAAAUACCGGCUAUCGUUAUUUCCUUUGCGGUCGCGUUUUUAUUGUCAUUGGUUUUUUUCCUCUUCGUUAUCAUCGUUGCUCACCGCUUCCUAAUCCGGUUCCACGGUACUGGAAUUGCGUCAUCGAGAAAAAGCAUUUAAAACCUUUAACGAUCUUCGUCGUUCCUCUUCCGCCUGCCAACCUCCUGCCUAACCCCCCACUUCCUCCUUUUUUCGCCUGUUACUUAAUUUAGAGCCCGUGUCGGGUUACCCAUUCGUUAGCCGUCGCAGUUUAAUAGGAUUUACCGGUGUAAUGCAGCAAGUCGUAAGAGCCACUUUGACGAGAAUCCAUCUAGUUUGAAUCUAAUUCCGCUGGAAGUCGAUUCGACGGCUAUGUUCAUGAUUGGGCCGUGAUAGAAGUAUGGGGAUAUAGAGGGUAUGGUGAUGAAAUCUUGAGUAUUUCUGUCGAUUAGAAUAUCCAUAAAAGAAUUACAAAGGCAUUAAGCAUAUUAAAGAAAUUACACCUCUUUAGCAUACAUCACAGAAUAAUUUGUAAAUUUGGAUUUCCACUCUUUAAACAAAAAGUAUGCUAUAAUUACUAACUGUAUCCAAAAUUAGGAAUAAAUCUUUUGCAAAUUUGAUAACAUUUUAAAUCAUCCGCCUAAUUUUGUAAUUAGAAACGCUCGGGAAAUGGAACAGCGUUGCACUAUAGUUAAAUACUCAACUAUCCACGUUAUCUAUCUCGCAAGAAAAAUGUGAAUAUAUCAUGUUCCCGAUUUAUAUUCACAGAUAAAAUUUUCUCGUUCUAUAUCGCAUAGAGUGAUUUCCGCCUCCACGUUGUACAUGUAAAAGAAAUACCUGAAAAGAGAGAGGGAGAGAGAGAGAGAGAGAAAGAAAAUAAGAGAGACGAUCGGUGGGAAUCGAGUUCUGGAAAAAGUUAUUAGAUUACCACGUCGGAUAUUACGCCGACGGUGCGCUUAGUUGCGUCGUUAUCUUUAUCCCCGUAGCGCACCUGCUGCGUCCAGUGUUCACGCACAUGUGCGCGGUUGUAGUUUCGCAUGCAGAACGCGCGACGAUAAGUGCGUGCGUCUGUUGCGCGCGGCAGAUAAACCAGCACGGCGGAGGUGCGAGGAGCAUGAUGAUUUUUAAAAUUCACUCACGCCACACGGAGAAACGAACGACCGGCGCAGACGAUCGAGAUAUCCUCUCGUUCCCGUCCCAAACGACCAGUGGCGUAGCGAACACUUUAUAUGGCAAUGGUCCUUUGACUGUGUACUUGCAUACUUACUGUCAGCCGUAUCCCUUUGAGACGCACGUACAUACGCAUGCAUCGCCGAACUGGCGGUAUAAGCGAAAUGGAGAGGAAUGUACACGGGGAAACAAGUCAAAAACAACGUACAUCAGAGAUCGAUGCAAAGAGGAAUACAUUAAACGCUCGACGAAGCGACGUCCGCGCGAAAGGAGAUUGGAAAUUUACAAAUAGAAAGAAUCUUUGUCGCAUACAACAAAAGCGCUUAUACACUGAAACGCAAAGUCUCGAUUUGUUUGGUAGGCCGAAGAUCAAAUUCGUGUUUCCAGUACGCGAGGUUACAAUGGUUCUCUAACUGCCUGUUGCAGCUCUAAUAUCGAGGGAAAGGAAGAAACGAAUCUCUGUGGGUGUUGAGUCUCUCGACAUUCACGAAUCGACGAUCGAAGGCCCGAUCCGAAGUUGAAGAAGGAUCUAGUAUCUAGCACAUGCGGAGGCAUCUCUCGCACCGUCGUUAAAGUGAAAGGCACUGCUGCUACGUGCCUACGAGUGUCGUGUCCGUACGCGAAUCCGCGGAACACACGUGACAUUUUUACGAUGGCAUGCUAACGCGCCACUAGGAUUCGCUGUUGUAACGAUUAUUCGAGGGGAUCGUUAGCGGUCUGUCUCGUGCACGAUCUCUGCUGAUAUUUAAAGGAGACGCAAGCGACACGAACUAUACCAAAGAGAGAAAGAGAGACAACGACGCAUCGUCGCACGUGAUUACACGACACUAUAGUUUCUUUUGUAAUGUGAACGCGCGCUGCGAUCGAGCUUCGUCCUCAGUCACGGGGUGGAAGAGCGAUAAAGAAGGGUUACGUAGCGUGUGGAAGAAGAAUCAUGCGCAUUCUGAAUGCUUGAUUCCGUGACGGCUUACCGAUCGCGCCCCAUCCCCAUGAACCUUCGUCCGGCCUGUCUGUUUCUCGCGAAUAGGAAAAGGUCACGGUGUGGACACGUGUCGCUGUAAAUGUCUAGAUCCACGAUCGAUACGGAAGAAGCUCGCUGGUACAAACGUUACGCAAGAAAGCCGCUCCUUGACCCUGGGAUCGUACACCGUGAAUCAAGGAAAUCAACACGAUACGGUGUGACAAGUGAAAAGUCCGGUUUCGUGUAACCCGUUUGACGUCGUGCAUGCUUUGCCCGAUAUACGUAUACGCAUACUUUGUGGCGGGAAACGUCGGUUUUUGACCGGCAGAGGGGGCCAACGAACUCGAGUCGACUCGAUAGGUAGUUGCCCCGCGGUGUCAGCACCAGAAACGGCGGGACCUACGCCGGACGACCUCGAACCUCGAACUCGACUUGACUCGACCAAGCCGUCCAACAGCUUGUCGACGUCCUUCCUGUUGUCCUUGGUCCUCGGUGAAGGGGGACUGCUCGUCCCUGGUGGUGUCCUGGGGCCGCAGAUGGGAGCUGGUCUGCUGGAGCCCGACAGGGUGACCAACCCCGGAAAACUAUACCAGCCGACCGGACUUCCGCUCGAGGCCUACGCUCUUCCCCUCGUUUGUCGCCCACCAGGCUUCUCUCCAUCGAUUCGGCCGCGUAAACUCGAUCAAGCUGGAAUUGAUGGAGUUGGAGAACAUCGUAGCAAACACUGUGUACCUCAAAGCGAGAGAAGGCGGUGGUGACAGCAACAAGGGUAAGAGUAAAAAAUGGCGGAAGAUACUCCAGUUUCCACACAUUUCCCAAUGCAUCGGCCUAAAAGAUAAGCUGGACAUCAGGUACAGCUAUGUGGUGGAUCAACAACCGAUCGGUAGGCUGUUGUUCAGGCAAUUUUGCCAGGACAAGAAGCCAUCUUACCAUCGGUACAAUCUUUUCCUGGACGCCAUCGAGAAGUACGAGAUCGAGAUGGAUGAGAAUCGGACCGAGCUGGCCAAGGACCUGUUCGAGCAAUACCUGAAGAGGGAGGGCUCAGAGGUCGUCGACAUCCUAAACGAUUCUUUGAUCGCCCAGUGUGAGGAGAGACUCGGCACUGGCGGCAAGGAGCUCUUUGUUGAAAUCGCACAGACCGUGAAAAACUUUCUGGCCGGCGAACCUUUUUCAGCUUUCCAAACCAGCUUUUAUUUCUAUAGGUAUCUUCAGUGGAAGUGGCUAGAGGCGCAGCCAGUCACGUACAAGACGUUUCGUAUGUACAGGGUGCUAGGAAAGGGUGGAUUUGGCGAAGUAUGCGCUUGUCAGGUACGAGCAACAGGUAAAAUGUACGCCUGCAAGAAACUGGAGAAGAAACGAAUUAAAAAGCGCAAGGGUGAAGCCAUGGUACUCAUAGAGAAGAACAUCUUGCAAAAAAUCAACUCCAAAUUCGUCGUAUCCCUAGCCUAUGCCUAUGAAACCAAGGAUGCAUUGUGUCUAGUUCUGACGAUUAUGAAUGGAGGAGAUUUGAAAUUUCAUAUUUACAACAUGGGCGGAGAACCUGGCUUCGACAUUAACCGUGCUAGGUUUUACGCAGCUGAAGUAGUCUGUGGCCUGGAACACUUGCAUUUGCAAGGAAUCGUCUACAGAGAUUGUAAGCCAGAAAACAUUUUGUUAGACGAUCAUGGUCAUGUAAGGAUAUCUGAUCUUGGUCUGGCUGUGGAAAUCACAGAAGGCGACAUGGUCACAGGAAGAGUUGGAACGGUUGGAUAUAUGGCGCCAGAGGUGAUCGACAAUGAGAAAUAUACCUUUUCACCGGACUGGUUCAGUUUUGGAUGUCUUUUAUACGAGAUGAUCGAAGGUCAAGCUCCCUUUCGUGCCAGGAAGGAGAAGGUGAAGAGAGAAGAGGUGGAUAGGAGGGUGAAAGAAGAUCAAGAAAGAUAUUCCACAAAGUUUACCGAAGAAGCAAAGAGUCUGUGCCAGCAAUUAUUGAAGAAGAGCCCGAAGAACAGGUUAGGCUGCAAGUGCGGCAGACACGGUGCUAAGGAAGUAAAGUUGCAUAGCUUCUUUCAGUGCUUGAACUGGAAAAGGGUCGAGGUCGGUAUGUGGGAACCGCCGUUUGUGCCGGAUCCUCACGCGGUGUACGCUAAGGACGUGUUGGAUAUCGAACAGUUUUCCACGGUAAAAGGUGUGAACCUGGACGCGACCGACGACACCUUUUACAGUAAAUUCAAUACUGGCAGCGUGUCCAUCCCGUGGCAGAACGAGAUGAUAGAGACUGAGUGUUUUAAGGAACUGAACGUGCUAGGUCCUAACAACACACCUACUCCUGAUCUGUUGAUCAACCAUCCGCCACCGAAUAACGAGAACAGAGGCUGUUUCCCAUUCCGAAGACAGAAAAAGCAGAGUGCUCGCACAAGACAGAUACCGUUAUCAGAGUGCCAUCUGCUGGAGCUGUCGCAGAGCCAAAACUCGGAGAUGCCAGCUAGCUGAUCCAAAAUGAACUCGAGUAGUGUGAAUCAAUCGACGUCGUCGUCCGUGCGCCGUCGUCGUUGCGGACGACGCCGGCGGGCGCUCAGGUGCUGCCCGAAGCUGCUUUAAAACAGGAAGCAGAACAAGAAAGAAACUGCUCCGUGAUUUUGACGCCGAUUUUUCGUCUGCAAAUCCCGUAAGAUUCGCCCUCGUCUGUAAGAGUGCUACGUCGAGAGGAGGCGCUGACUUUCAGCGCUAAAAGCACACUGACGUAUGUUUUCUCAGGUUUCUCGGAGCAGAGAGAGACGAACAGUUGAUACUUGCGUAUCCUAACCUUCAAUAUGCAAGAGAAACUUUGCAAAUGCUCUUGUUGCAAAUGAAAAGAAGUGCAACCAUUAAAUGUAGUUAUUACAUCGAAAUAUGCGAUCCUCUGCAUACGAAAUUCAUUAUAAAACAUAGUCAUUGUUACGUGUGCAGCGCCUCGUAUUGCCUUUUCGUCUAAUGCAAAAAAUAUAAUAGUAAAUGUGUAUCGAGAAAAGUUUGUUCGCAUGUAGAAUACUCAUUUUCUCUUAUAACCAUUAUCGAACGUUGUUCCUUAUUCGAUUGGUGCGUCUGUGUGUUUAAGUACACUCACACCAUCGACGUACACGAAUGCAAGGCACGAUUUGUUCAGCGUUCACGCGUUAGUAUAUAUGCAAUGCUCGUACGCGUAGAUACAUUUGUAAACGGUGCAAUUUCACGUCGGUAAUUGGGGUCGCGUGCACGUAAUUUUGUAUGUGUACUUAGAGCAGUCGACGGGCGCGUGCACACGCGAUAAUGAAAGUAAGAGCAUUAUUAAGUAAGGAAAAUGUACGCGGAGAAAUUCCGACAUAACGAAGAUUCGUUGAGAAAGGAACGCUGCUCUGAUGGAAUCGAGCAUUUCUCUUUCGUUUCUUGCAGCAAAUUUCAGAGGCAUUCAAGUUUUUCAAUCAGUCUUCUAACUCGAAUUAAUUCGAUAGGCUCAAAAUAAUCACAGGGUUAUUUAUGAUCGUACAACCUGAUUAAUAUUUUGAAAGAUACUCUCAAUAUCUUUCAUUCUUGAUACUCGAUUCGUUUGUUUUCCACGUAUAUAAUCCUCUGGUUGUUUCGGGCAAUGUGAAAAGAUAAGGUGUAAGAUCGAGUCGAAGUUUAUUUGCAGUCAAUGUGUUCUUUGUUUAGUGACAAUCUUCCAAUUUCGUUUUGGAAUAUAUAUCGCAUUGCUCAAAGUGGUCGAUGAAUUCUAAAAUUCAAAUUUACAUCUCGAAAACUCCACGAUAUAAGUUAUAUAAAUUAUAUGAUUACGUUGAGGGACGCGGUCUCCUAAUUAUUUUGAGCAGUGUAAUUAAUCAUCGUCUGCCUAAUUUGUUCAAGUUUCUUCUCAAAUGGGACUCGAGCGGAAUAGAUGCAUUUAGGAAGCGUUGAAAGUCUGUGUUUUGAUAAUACUUUUACUUUUUGACGGAUGUUUGCGUGUGUAUAUAUACAUAAUUCUUCCUUUUAAGUACGAAUACAAAGAGAAACCCGUCCUGAGAUACGCACAAAUCGGUAUACGAUUCAUUCUUUUCUCUACCGAAUGAUUCAGUUUGAAUAUAGUAUAUUUGAUCGAACGUUUUCGCGAGGCUAUUUCGAGAAGAAAAAGGAAAAUAAAAAAGAACUCGAUGAAUCGCACAGGUGACGAAGCGUACAAGUAUCAUCAGGCACAAAUACACACUGAAAUUUAUUUAUACCGAUAACAUUGAGAGGAAUUUUUUAUGCUAUCGAGAAUCGAUAAAGGAUUGGCGACAAGUAGAUGAGAAUACGAGGCUGAUAGCGAAACCGAAAGUAGUAAUCUCUUUUUAAUAUCGAUGAAUCGUCGCCGUUACAUGGCUCGUUUUAUUAGCCUUUAAUUGUCAGCACUUUUUUCUCUUUUGAUCCUUUUUCCAAGAUUGUAUUAUGCGUCAUGCCGAGGAAAAUCGAAUCGUACAUUAUGGAAUGGGUUGGCAAGCGCUUAAUUUCAAUUUGAUACGAUUAUUUUAGAUAAUUAUAGAUUAUACAGGAUUUUUCCGAAUAAAUUGUCUUUAUUCAAAGGCGUAUUUGCUUGGCAGCCCAUUCGGUAGUAAUAUUUAUGUACUAUCGCGUAUUUAAAGUAAACGGACGUGUAUGUCUCAAUAAGCGGUACCGAUCUAGUAAUUUAAAACGAAGGGAAACGUAUUAUUAAUUAAUCUACGAAUAACGGUGCGACCUCCUAUUGAUCAUAUCUAUCAUUAAACUCGAUUCAAACGAUAAACGGAACUUUCGCAAGAAUUUCACGUUUCGAGAAACAUUAUUUCAAAGGUUUAUCGAUUGAAUCUCGGGUUUUUAAUCGCUCACGGUACAAGUCAUUGUCAUUCGUACAAAUUGCGGUAGAAUUCUCAUUGUUUAACCAUCAACGACGAUCUCGAGGAAUUAUUAAUCUUACAAUAUCAGUUUUAAAAUUUAUUCGAUUAGUUGAUCGAAAAAUAUCUUUAAUGAAUUCUCCAGUUGGUGGGAAAGUUGAUAUAUCGUCUAUUGUUCGUCCAAAUUAAUUAAGGAAAAUAUCGACGUCCAAGAAUUAAGGAAAAUAGCAAAAUCCCCAGACUACGAUUACACAUUUUUAUAUUUUUCUGAACGUAGGUGAAGGAAUGCUACCUUAAAUAUUAUAAUAAGUAUUCUAGUUUAAAUAUUUUAUACAUUUUCUACGUAUUACACGCAUUCUGUAAAUUUUUGGAAUUCGAAAUUUCCCAAGAACGCGGCAAUUAUAGCGAUAAAUUAUUUUGGAUUAAUUCUCGAGUCGUUGAGACGGUUUUAAAUCAGUGACGCAAUUUUGUAUUACUCCUAAUAUCAUAAGUUAGCGUGUAAGCAAGUAAUUACCGACGGGGGAGAAACGAUAUCGUCGCGUAAGUGGAAAUGCCGGUAGUUCGUUGUACGUUCGCGCGGCGUCACCGAGUCAGUGUAAUCGUCCAAAUACUUCCGAUUACGAAAGAAAUCUCUCAGUGCUUUCAACUGUGAUUUUGUCUGACGAGUUGCAGCUCCGUUUAUUUAAUUUAUUGAUACUUUUCUGCGAGCUACCGAGCAUGUUGGAGAAAAAUACCGAUCGAACGUAGCGGAUCGUGUCCGACCCGGAAAGACGACGAUGCUGAUGCGUGUCUUUUGCUCAAAAGAGACAAAGAAAUAUGUAUUCUCGUAUAUAAGUACCUCAAAUUCUGGCGGACAAGUGUUCUGGAAUCUCGUUCAGUAGCCUGUCAGUAGUGAUGGACAUUUGAAUCUCAAUUUCGGAGCGAUUCGAAAUCUUACGAUGGCGUGAAAAUUCGGAUCACUUUGAAUAUGAAUCGCUAUUUAGGAUCUUUUAAUCUGUUCGAGAGUUUUGAAGCUUUAAAGAUACAAUAUCUAAUAAGGCUUAAGGUAGUCUCGGCAACUCUGUGAAUCUUCCAAAGAUUCUACGAUAUAUCAAAGAUUCAGAAUUUAUCGAAUCUAUCAAAACUUUUGAUUAUCGAACCAUAUCGAAGCAGUUCGAGAUUUUUGUUACAUGUACAUAUUCGAUGCGAUUCGAAACGUUUCAGAGCUCAUCACUACAGAUCGCGUUUCAUUACUCUUACUCUUCCUUUAUACGAAUCGUGUCUUCGUUCAUUCGCUAGUUUAUUUUCUUUUUUUACAUCAUGUAUAAAUUAUGUAGGGCUUUAACGUUCUUCCUUUUUCCCUUUUUUUUAUCGAACAUUUUUGUACAGUAUGUCGUUUCAUGUAGAACAAGGAACGAGUGUCUUUUUUUUACGACUCGAAGAGCGAGAUGAAUCGCCGUGGGCUGGCGCGAAUACUAAAUCAUUCCACUUUUUCGUGCAAGUAUUCGUGUGUAACUGUUUCACUUUCUGUUCACGAUAAUUUAUGCGCAAUGUCCAAGUUGGAAACGCCGAGAGGCGUUUGUGGUUACCAAAUUGCAUUGGAAUAACUAAUACUUUGUCAUUUUAUAGCUCUCUAUUCCUUUCGUUAUCGUUAUGUUUCUUUUUCCGUACAACGAUUUAUCGACGACGAAAUCAAUGUUCCUUCUUACUUGUGUUGAAAUUUCUUCCAUCGAUGAAAAUAUAUCGCUCGGUGUAAUUCUUUCGAAUAUUCGACUAAUAGUUUCUUACAUUAUUAAGAAUAAAAAUUACUAAUAUGCAAAUUUAUCGUCGAUUGUUAUUCCUCUGCAACUAAUUGGUAUUUCUCCGAGGAGGAAUCUCGAUAAUCGCGAGAAAACCAUCGGCAGGGCAGAAUCUCCAUGCAAGCACGUGAAAGUUCUCCUUUGUACAUAAUAUUUACGAUGAUAACGAUGAUAUUAUACGAUAGCUAUAUAAUUCUAUACGAACAGGAAGCGAAUAAAUGAAUAAAUUAAGCGUAGAUAUGCGUGUUUGUAUAGGUGCAAGGAAGGAUACAAGCGGUAGCAAAAAAGAACUUUUUCGUGAGACGGCAGGAAUACCCGCGUGAGAUUAUCACUGUAUUUAUAUCGUAUACCUCCUUCCACGCUUCUUUUUACCUGCUACCACGUGCAACUGCGUAAAACAAAAGACUAAAAUGCCAUGGAACGAUGCGUGUAAACAUAAGCACGUUUGACGAGCGAUCAAAUAGUAUUUGAAAUAAAUGAAUUUAAAAUUUUCUUUUAAUAUUAUUUUUACAGCAACGAUUACGAAUUAUUUUUAAAUAUAAUAAUUUGUUUAUUCACUAGAUACGGAAAGAAUCGUUAUCGAAGAAUGUGAUUUGUUUAAAAGGAUAAUUUAACGAAUUUAUACUUUAUUACAAAUACUAUUUAUGCCGAGAAUUACGCGAAUCCUCGAUGGAUCGAGGCCAAUUCUAAAAGGCAACUUAGCUCUACCAUAGAUCGUGCGGUAAUCGCCGAUUGAAUUUCCCGUACUUUUAGUCUGCGUCCCAGCCACGAUAUCCCCGGCCUAAUUUUACGAAUUUUGUUUCUCUCGAACGAACCAUACGUCGCUCAAAAAUAUCGUUUCUUUCAUUAUGAAGCCACUGAAAUUAUUUGAAAAAAGAAACAGAUCGUGGUUUUAUCGAUUGGAUGCGAGUUCGUAGAACUGUACGGAUCUCCUUAGUCUGCAAGACUAAAUUCGAUGUUUGAUGGCAUUUCUAAGGAAUAAAAUAUUAAAACGGCACUACUUAAAAUAAUGGCACUACCUUCUUGAAACCAUCUUACGUUUUACAUUAUUGUAAUUUUUUUACCGAGUUUAUCAAAAUUUUAGUCACAAUUCUUAUGCAACUUUUGCGUCCUUUUACGCGACUAAUUACGAUAAAAGCGAUGCAAAGGAAUCGCGAGUCUGUUUUAAUAAACGUAUUACGCUAAAAGUAUUAAACGAGAUCGUCCUGCAACGUUCACUUUUUAUUCCGUCAAUACUUUUCUCUUCUCGUCUCGUGAUCUUCGAUAAAUAUAUCAGAGACGAUCUAUCGGAACGAGAAGAGACGAAUCAGUUCCUGACGCGCUGACCAAGCCAAAUGAAAUUUUUUUCCUUUUGUAAUCUCUGGUAUGUUGUACACGAUGCUGUGGACAAUGUUUAAAAAUUAUAAAUAUAUAUUUUUUUUCUGUAUGUAUAAGUUAUAAAUAUGUGAGCGUUAUGUAUUUAUAACUUGUACGUUUAUACAUAUAAAUAUAGACGCGCGUAUAGCCAAGAAUUUUUUCAUUUAAUUACUAUUGCUCUUAAACACAACCUGUUAAAAGGAAUAUCUCAACAUACACAUCCGUGUACCUUCUCGUUUCAUCAUAUAGAUACGAGCCGAAAGAUCUUUUUCACAUUUUCAAAAACAAUGAUCAAUAUUUUUUUCAAUGCUUUUAUAUUAUAUUUGCAUUUACCAAUUGUUCGAACAAUUCUUCCACGCCGAUUGUAUUAUCAACGAUAUUCUCUUUUCUCCCUUUUCUUUCCACGAAAGCUGAUAUUCAGUCAGGCAAGGGGUUGCGUUACAGGCUGAAAGGGAUUGGUGGAAGUAACAUGUGUGUUAUAUAAUACAAUAUAUUGUCACAGUUUGCUCGAUCCCAAUUUCCUUCUUUUCUUCGUCUAGAUUCUAAGCUACUGCCUGCUUUCGCACCGUUUCCUCUUAAUUAUUAUGCGUUUCAACAUGAAUUCGUACAUUUUAUGUGCUUUUAAAUGCUCGCAAACGUGGUUGCAGCACUUUUAUCCUUUAACGUCGCCUUAUUCCAUCUAUUAACACUGACAAUUCGUUCGAAUACUCGCGAAUACAAUUUCAAUGACAUUCGCAAACAUUCUUUUUGUAAAUUCUUUGUUUCUUCAUAACGACAUUCGCCUAAGAUUCUCAACUUCCGGCUCUUCCAUCUUUUCACAGCUUCGCAUAUAUCUUACAUUGUUAUAUUAUUAUUAUAUGUACAAUAUAAAAAUAAUACAACCUUCUCUUGCUACGUACGAUUCAUCCAGACUCCAGAAGUUGAAAUAAAAAUGAUGCAACCACCAUAGAGUGAUGUGUUGAGACAAACGUUUCUUCUUUCCCUCGCAAGCCAUUUCAAGUACACGCUGGUAUUUCGUAACAUAAAAAAAUAAUACAAAAAUCGAAUUCUGACAAACAUUCCAACUGUUCAUAGAUUUUUCUUCUUUGUUAUUUUUUAUCUUACUUACACCUGACUAAUUAAUUAACAGAUGUUUAUUGUCACAUGUGUCAGAGUGGCCAUCGACACUUUCAUUGUCAAAAAUAUGAAACUCCUCCUCGUUUCGCUACAAUUUAUUUAUAGAAUCGUUAUCGCUAGCGUCGGUCCAUUCGGCGUUGGUUUACUCUUUCUAUCUUUUUCUAAACACUUAUAGAACUCGUAUCAUUCAAUUAGUACUUGCGCGUGAAAUUAGUAUUUAAAUUGCAGUAAUUAAAUUAUGGUAUUCAUUUAAGGCUGUGGGUACGUUUCAUAAACGUUUGUAAAUUGAAACAUAAGCUUGAAGCAUAAUUAUCGGUCAAUAUUAAUAUCAACGACAUUAUCGAUAAUAAAUCAUGAUUAAUAUUUCGGAUCUUUUAGAUGUAUUUUUCCUUUCGAAAGAGAUCAACCUGGCGCUUGUAUGAUUAUCUAGACGAAAUACUGAACCGUCAACGAUCGACUAGGCCGUGCAUCGAUGGACACUCUGUCAGGUCAGUUGUUUUCCAUGGGAGUUGACGACGAUCGUCGAAACGUAUCCCUCAAAAACAGCUAAACCAUGGAAAACUUAGAUAUUAAUCGUAAUUGCAAGCAUCGACGAUUCGUCUUCCUUCCUUUCUUAUUUAACACUUAAUACUCUCCGAUGGGGAAAAUUGUAUAUAAAUUAAGAAAAAGAUAUUGUCUGACUCAAUAAAUCGCUAGUUGGAAAGAAAUACAUACACAUUGAGCAUCUAGCGACUUCUUAAAUUCCUAAUUUAUUUGGUCUUAUUGUUUGGUUUUAAUUUUUGAUCAGUGAUUGCGGUUAGCAUUGAUUAAAGUUUCGACUAAAAUGAAAGAAGUGCAAGCUACUAUGAGGUGAGAUUUCUUAAAUUAAAAGUAAUAUUAAAGAAAAUUUGUGGAAAACCCCUGUUUGUAAAAUUGUGUUUCAACUAUUGAAUGCAUAAAAGAAGAUAGAGUUAAAAAAUCUGCAAAUUUCGGAACAAGUGGUUCUGAAGGAAUUUUCAAAAUAUUAAUUGAUUAAUAUCUGACUGAUUCAUUUCAAUUUUUUGAUAUAAAAAGAACGUUCCGCUUCAUAGAUUCAUCUCUCGACAUAUUAAAAAAUUAUAUUGCUAUUUAUUCUUAUUUUAAUUUUCUGACCACCAAACAUAUUUUGUUCCAAAACAAAUUUGGAUCAUGCGAAUCAUCCAGGCUGGCGAGUUUCGGUAAAAGUAAUUCAAUUACCUUGGGAUCUUACGCAUGGACGCACCAGGACGUUUCUUUAAUAAGACAAGACUUAGCACCGAGAGAACACUCUUUAGAAAAAUCUUGGUCCUA